AUGUCUGGUUUUGGUGAUUGCACUGCAAUGAUUUCCUCGCCACAGGAAGGUACCGUUGCAUUCCAGAACAACUAUUCUCACGAUAUCUCGUCCCAGCAGCAGCACACAACACCUGCGCUCGAUCCAAAUGCAGUAAGUGGGCCAGCGUCGUCUGAAGAUGAGUCCGAAAAUCAUUAUCCAGUCAAGACAUUUGUCUUCCGACGCAAGGCUCUCAGAAGUAAUAUGCAAAUCUUCGACGUCGGAAGUCAGGUCGAAACGCCAUCGUAUUUCGCAGCCGUCAGGGAAUGGAAACUUAACACUCCUGAUGUGACGCUGCACGCUGGAACAGAUGCCACCGCUGACAUUCUAGGCGUGGCUCAUUUCCGCUUUUCACGACACAUCAUGCUCGGCCUAGGGAAUCCCUCAAGAGAUGCUUCUAGUGUGGUGUGGGAGAAGAUGCAGAGGCAGACCUUCUUCAAGAACAAGUGGACCUUUGAAUUCACCGAUCCUAAUGCCUGCGAUAUGCCAAUACCGUCAAUCAACGCCCCCGCUAGAAGACACUUCAUAUGGCAACGAACCAAUAACAGUACCCUAGGUGUGAAAGGAGUGGGUAAGUUGUCGAUAAGGAAUGUCCGAUUGGUCGACCAGGACAGUGGAGACGUCGUCGCUGUGUUUCUGGCUGACAAUCUCACGAGCCUCAAGAGGAAAGGCGAGCUGAGAAUAUUUCAGAAGCUCAGCACUGAGCUGGAGAGGAUCAUCAUCUUGGGCUGUGCCAGUAUUGCCGAGAAGAUGCACAGAGACUAA